AGAAUUGUGUUUUCUCAAGGUUGUAGAAAGCAUUUUGAGCAUGAGUUUCAUACCUGAGAGUGUUAUUCCAUCGUGUUCCCAUGACUGGGUCAUGCUUGUGGUUGGUUUACUCACUGGAGCCUUCGGAAUUGCCAUCGGUGUUUUUUUCAACCGCUUCAACCUGUUCUACUUGUGGACGCACAAGACGACGAAUCGUUGGAUUUCGUCGAGCUGCGAGAAUCAUCUCAAAUUUCUUCAUCAGGCUAAUCCGGAUGAUAAACGACAUGGAGGGCUGUUGGUUGGCGAAGUGCUCAAAGCGCACGGAGUGGAAAACAUUUUCACCUUGUGUGGUGGACACAUUUCUCCUAUGUUGGUUGGCUGUGAAAAGCAGAAAAUUAGAGUUAUCGACGUUCGCAAUGAGGCAACUGCCGUAUUUGCCGCUGAUUCAAUUGCCCGGCUUUCGGGCAAUAUUGGAGUUGCAGCUGUGACUGCUGGACCUGGUGUUACGAAUGCUGUAACUGCGCUGAAAAACGCUCAAAUGGCGGAGUCUUCUGUUCUUCUCUUAGGUGGAGCUGCUAGCACACUUUUGAAAGGCAGAGGAGCGUUGCAAGAUGUCGAUCAAUUGUCGAUGCUUAAGCCGGUCUGCAAGAUGACGUUUUCGAUUCAAACUGUCCGGGAUAUUGUACCAGUUUUGAAGCGCGCAAUUCACACGGCCCGUUCUGGAAGUCCAGGUCCAGUUUUCGUGGAAUUCCCCAUAGACGUGUUGUAUCCGUUUAAGCUUGUUCAAAAGGAAAUCUUGCAAAGCGGAGGGAAAUCCAAGUCUUUCCAACAAACUAUCGUGAACUGGUUCCUGGAUAACUAUUUGAACAAUAUUUUCGCCGGGGCGUUCGAUUGCACCGAUUUCAGCCCGUUGCCGGUGGAUGUGCCUUGUGCCUCUUUGGACGAAAUCCACAAAUGUGUGAAGAUCGUGACUCAGUCAAAGAAACCUGUGUUCGUGAUCGGAAGCCAGGCUAUGUCCGGGGUUUCGGCGGGCAAAAGGGCAGAAAAUUUGCGGAACCUGGUUCAGGAUAUGGGGAUCCCGUGUUAUUUGGGUGGCAUGGCCAGGGGUUUGCUUGGACGGAAGAAUCCUUUACUUUUGCGUCACGCGCGACGUGAUGCGUUGAAAGAGGCGGAUUGCAUCAUCCUGGCGGGUGCUGUCUGUGAUUUUCGUUUGAGUUAUGGACGAGUGCUGAAUAAGAAGGCGAAAAUAAUUUCAGUUAACCGUGAUGCCAAGACUGCCGCAAAGAAUUCCGACAUGUUUUGGAAACCAACUGUGGCAAUUGCUAGCGAUGUUGCAACAUUUUUGCAAGAAUUGGCGGCUCCUCUGGUCGGACAUCGUGUAGAUCCUGAAUGGGUGAACGCUCUCCGUACUCGUGACGAUGCUAAGGAUAAAUCCAAUGCUGAGAUGGCUGUGAAGCCAGCGGAUGCUUAUCUAAAUCCGAUGAAAAUUUUGACUGAAUUGGAAAAUGUCCUUCCAGAGGAUGCUGUGCUUGUUGCUGAUGGAGGGGAUUUUGUUGGGACUGCUGCUUACAUUCUAAGAGCUCGAGGUCCCUUGAGAUGGCUUGAUCCUGGAGCAUUUGGAACAUUGGGAGUUGGAGCUGGAUUUGCGAUCGGAGCCAAAUUGACGUAUCCUGAUUCUCAAGUUUGGAUCAUUUAUGGAGAUGGAUCAUGUGGCUACAGUGUGAUGGAAUAUGACACGUAUGUUCGCCACAAACUGCCUGUGGCUUCGAUUGUUGGAAAUGAUGCGGGAUGGACUCAAAUCGCUCGAGAACAAGUGCCGAUGCUAGGGUCUGACGUUGCGACAUGUUUGGUGCACAACGAUUAUCACCUGAUUGCUGAAGCGCUUGGUGCCGUGGGUGUAAAAAUCAGCGAAGAAACGGAAGUGAAAUCCCGUCUGACGUCGGCAUUUGAAGCUGUGGAAGCCGGGAAGAGCUUAUUGAUCAAUGCGCUCAUUGGGAAAUCUAAUUUUAGGGAGGGUAGUAUAUCGGUAUAAAUACGACAACAUUAUCGUGCUCCAGGUUGAGCUUCAUUGUUGGUAGUUUCGUGGAUGCCCACCGGUUAUCUCUUGGGGAACCUUUGCGGUAUUAAUAUGGGAAAUAAGCGCGGGAAGGUUUCUGAGAGAAAUGGGAACUGUUGGUCAAUCUAGUUUUAAUGAUUGAUUUGACGUGUCCACUUGUUUGCCGUUGACUGAAAGGUCUGCUGUGAAAUCGUUCGGAAUGUGAUCAAUCUUGCUUAAACUCUGAAAUCGACUCUUAACAUUUGAAAAUCCGUUUCACAGCACGUGUUUCGAAUUUUGUGCUGCUCAUUUCUUGCCGAAUGUAACGUAACAUUCCUAGUGUGGUGUUUGUGACAAUGCGAGGGCAUAUAGGAUUGUUGAGGAUUGGGCGCCCUUGCUCAGUAUUUCGUUGAGAAGGCAGCUAGAUUGUGUUUUUCAUGAAUUUUUUUCAAUUUCUCAGAGAAAACUAGUGCUGGAGAAGAAUUAAAUUAUAUUUUUUUUUGGAGUAGUCGGGUUGUUCUCCGCGUUAUUUGCCGAACAUGCCUUCGAAUGAGGAAGCAUCCGGGGAUACAAAUGCCGAAUCUUCUCAAGCAAGCGACGCGCCUGUGAAGUCAGCCAAGCAGCUAGAGAAAGAUGCCAAAAAACUAGAAAAACUCGAGAAGCUUCGACAAAAGCAAGAUAAGCUGAAAGAACAGCAGCAGAAGAAGUUGGAAAAAGCAGGAGACGAGGAAACGAAACCAAAGAAAUCGAAAGAAUCAAAGCCAAGGGAAGUGAUCGAAUACGAUGCUAGUAAAACGGCGCCUGAUGGUAAAAAGGACGUGUCUGGAAAUCUUCCGAAUGAAUACAGCCCUGGGUAUGUGGAGGCUCAGUGGUAUGCGUGGUGGAAGAAGAAAGGAUUUUUCAAACCGGAGUAUUCGCAUCCCUCGAAGGACCUAACGAGUCCAAACCCGAAAGGUCGAUUUGUGAUGGUCAUUCCUCCGCCGAACGUCACCGGUUCACUUCAUAUUGGGCACGCCUUGACUAAUGCCGUUGAGGAUACCAUAACAAGAUGGCACCGAAUGAAGGGUCGCACGACGCUUUGGGUUCCAGGUUGUGACCAUGCUGGUAUCGCCACUCAAGUCGUGGUGGAAAAGAAAUUGGCGAAAGAAAGAGGAAUAUCUCGACACGAUCUCGGAAGAGAAAAUUUCAUCGCGGAAAUUUGGAAAUGGAGAGAAGAGAAGGGAAUUCGAAUUUACGAUCAGUUGGAAAAGCUUGGAUCCAGCUUUGAUUGGGACCGUGCCUGCUACACGAUGGACCCGAAAAUGUGCAAAGCCGUGUGCGAGGCUUUUGUCAGAAUGCACAGGGAUGGCACAAUCUACCGGUCAACUCGACUCGUGAACUGGUCUUGCACGUUGAAAUCAGCUAUAUCUGAUAUUGAAGUUGACAAACGGGAGUUGACUGGAAGAACACUGCUUGCAAUUCCUGGCUAUAAAGACAAAGUUGAGUUUGGAGUUCUCACGGAAUUCAGCUAUCCAGUGGAAGGCUCGGAAUCGGGAGAAGAGAUUAUUGUUGCCACGACUCGAUUGGAAACGAUGCUUGGGGAUACUGCUGUUGCCGUGCACCCCGAAGAUGCGCGUUACAAGCACCUACACGGAAAAUAUGUCAAACACCCGAUUGUUCCCGACAGAAAAAUGCCCAUCAUCGUCGAUGAUUUCGUGGACAUGGCCUUUGGCACAGGAGCGGUGAAAAUUACUCCAGCCCACGACCACAACGAUUACGAGGUCGGUGUACGACAUAAGCUGCCGUUCGUGACUGUCAUCGACGACUCCGGAAACAUCGUGAACGAACCUUGGCUCGGGGAAUUCGCCGGUCAGCCGCGAUUUGACGUUCGUAAGCGACUUGCGGUCGUCUUGACCGAGAAGGACCUUUUCAAGGGUUCAAGAGAAAAUCCGAUGGUCGUUCCCAUUUGCUCACGUUCGAAAGACGUAGUCGAGCCUUUGAUCAAACCACAGUGGUGUGUAUUUUCGUGACUAUAUACGAUUGCAGUGCAUAUUUCUGAAUACAAGAUUGAAAAUAUCCUUCCGUUACCUUUUCCAUCCAUUUUGCGAAAGCCUUGCCAACCGCAUUGUUGAGAUUUUUAUAAAUGGACUGACGAAAUAAUUUCAUCAGGUACGUGAGAUCGAAGGAAAUGGCUGAAAAAGCGACGGAAGCCGUCCGUUCUGGGGAAUUGAAGAUAAUUCCUGAUAUACACGUGAAGACUUGGAACUCAUGGAUGUCGAAUAUUCGAGAUUGGUGCAUUUCUCGACAGUUGUGGUGGGGUCACCGAAUCCCCGCUUACUUCGUCACUGUUGAUGUUCCUGAUGUACCCAAGGGACAUGAAGCGGAUGAUGCUUAUUGGGUGAGUGGAAGGACAGAGGAGGAAGCGAGGCAGUAUGCUGCUGCCAGGUUUGGUGUGAAAACCGAUCAUAUAAUUCUGAAGCAAGAUGAAGACGUGCUGGACACGUGGUUUUCUUCUGGUCUGUUUCCGUUCUCAGUGAUGGGAUGGCCUGACAAGACGGUUGAUAUGGAUGCCUUUUUCCCCGGAGAUCUCUUGGAAACCGGCUAUGACAUUCUGUUCUUCUGGGUCGCUAGAAUGGUUUUUCUCUCUCAGAAAUUACUCGGACGAUUACCAUUCAAAGAAGUUUUUCUUCACUCAAUCGUUAGGGAUGCUCAUGGAAGGAAGAUGAGCAAGUCAUUGGGGAACGUGAUUGAUCCGAUCGAUGUGAUUCACGGGAUCACGCUAGAGGACUUGCUGAAGCAACUGCAAGAAGGGAAUAUCGAUCCCGUAGAGGUUGAAAGGGCCACUGCUAGUAUGCAAGCGGAUUACCCGAACGGAAUCCCAGAAUGCGGUGCCGAUGCUCUUCGGUUUGCUCUCUGUGCUUAUCUCAUGUCGGCAAGAGACAUCAAUCUCGAUGUACUCCGUGUGCAAGGAUACCGAUUUUUCUGCAACAAACUCUGGAACGCCACAAAGUUUGCCAUGAUGCAUUUAAAGGGAUUCGAACCAAAUUUUGCGAUGAACGAUGCCAUUGUGCCAGUGAAUGCUGGUCCGAUGGACAAGUGGAUCUUGAGUCGUUUAUGCUACGCUGUGGAAACAUGUGAAAACGGAUUUGUCAACUACGAUUUCCCUUCUGUCACCACUGCAAUUUACAACUUCUGGUUGUACGAAUUUUGUGACGUUUAUUUAGAAGUCACGAAGCCGAUCUUUGGAAACCAGGCUGAUUCGCCUGAACGACUGGCUUGUCAGGAAACGUUUUACAUUUGCCUCGACACAGCCCUGCGAUUAUUGGCUCCGGUGAUGCCGUUUAUAUCAGAAGAACUUUGGCAGCGCUUGCCAAAGGUUGGAGACAAAUCGCCUCCUUCGAUCUGCGUUGCAUCUUAUCCUGAAACUACCCAGUUUUCAUGGAGAGAUUUAAACCUCGAGAAGCAAGUGGAGGUUAUGCAGACGGUUGUCAAAGCAGUGCGAUCAGAACGUGCGGAGAAGAAUUUGCUCAACAAAAUGAAAGUAGAUAUUCAUUUAUGCUGUGAGACUGAAGCGAUUCCCGUGAUGGAAGGAUUGAAAUCUGCUCUCGGAACAUUGGCGUAUGCAGAUAACGUCAUCCUGGUUUCUUCUGCACCAACUGCCAAGUUGUAUCCUGUUCCGGUUUCGGAUAAAUAUCAGGCCUUCCUUGAUUUGAAGGAUAAAAUUAACAUUCCUGAUGAAAUGAAAAAGUUGGACGGGAAAAUUGCGAAGAAGCACACUGAAAUUCAGAAGCUGGAGAAACUUGCUUCAGAUCCUGAUUACGAGACCAAAGUUCCUGAAGAAGUGCGAAUUCAAAACGCGGAGAAGCUGGCUAAAGGCAACGGGGAGUUGGAGAAGAUGGUUGACUCUCUGAGCAAGCUGAAGAUUAUGAAUGAUCCUUGAUGUUCAAGAAUCUGAUUUAAGGCUUUCCAACGUAAAAAAAAAAAAAAUUAAAUAAAAAACUAAAUACGCUGGAGGAUUUCCCGAUGUGGAGCGCUGCUUGAUGCCCUGUGACGGGUUGAUUUGUGCGAAUACUUGAGCAAAUGCACGAAGCUUGCGAGCGGAA